UGAGUGACAGUUGCUUCAGGAACCUUGCCGAGGAUCGUAGUGGGAUAAACCUUAAAGAUCUGGUCCAAGACCCUUCUUUGUUGGGUGGGACUAUAUCUGCAUACAAGAUAGUGCCAGACGAAAUAGAAGAAAUCAAGGAGACGCUGAUAGAUUGGUGUGAUGAAAAGGAACUUAAUUUGAUUUUAACAACUGGAGGAACAGGGUUUGCACCGCGAGAUGUCACUCCAGAGGCCACUAAAGAAGUAAUAGAGCGAGAAGCCCCGGGGAUGGCCCUGGCAAUGCUGAUGGGAUCACUUAAUGUUACACCUCUGGGCAUGCUCUCUAGGCCUGUGUGUGGAAUCAGAGGGAAAACUCUCAUAAUUAAUCUUCCAGGUAGCAAGAAAGGAUCACAGGAAUGCUUUCAGUUUAUACUGCCAGCCCUACCUCACGCCAUUGAUCUCUUGCGGGAUGCCAUUGUAAAAGUAAAGGAGGUACACGAUGAGCUUGAAGAUCUACCUUCACCACCACCCCCUCUUUCUCCUCCUCCAACCACCAGCCCUCACAAACAGACAGAAGACAAAGGAGUGCAGUGUGAGGAAGAGGAGGAAGAGAAGAAGGAUAGUGGAGUUGCCUCAACAGAGGACAGUUCUUCUUCACAUAUAACAGCAGCAGCUAUUGCAGCUAAGAUUCCAGAUUCCAUCAUCUCUCGAGGUGUUCAGGUUCUCCCACGUGAUACAGCCUCCCUCAGUACUACACCUUCAGAAUCUCCUCGUGCCCAAGCCACCUCUCGCCUCUCCACUGCAUCCUGCCCAACACCAAAACAAAUUAGACGGCCGGAUGAAAGCAAAGGAGUUGCUAGUAGAGUUGGAUCCCUCAAAGCUCGACUCCCUUCGUGCUCAUCCACCUAUAGUGUUUCUGAGCUCCACUAUAGGUUGGAAGGGCUUAAAGAUGAACUGAGGAGGAAUAGAGGCUACAACUCGAGAGUCCAGUCUAGGUGCAGCAGCAAGGAGAACAUCCUCAGAGCAAGUCACAGUGCUGUUGACAUUACCAAGGUAGCAAGAAGACAUCGCAUGUCACCAUUCCCAUUGACAUCUAUGGACAAGGCCUUCAUCACAGUUCUGGAGAUGACCCCAGUGCUUGGAACAGAAAUCAUCAAUUACAGAGAUGGAAUGGGGCGAGUCCUUGCUCAAGAUGUAUAUGCAAAAGAUAAUCUACCACCGUUUCCAGCAUCAGUAAAAGACGGUUACGCUGUCAGAGCUGCUGAUGGCCCAGGAGAUCGAUUCAUCAUAGGGGAAUCCCAGGCUGGUGAGCAGCCAACUCAGACUGUGAUGCCUGGUCAGGUAAUGCGUGUUACAACUGGUGCUCCAAUUCCAUGUGGUGCUGAUGCAGUGGUGCAAGUGGAAGAUACAGAGCUCAUCAGGGAAUCAGAUGAUGGCACUGAAGAACUAGAAGUUCGAAUCCUGGUGCAAGCUCGACCAGGCCAAGAUAUCAGACCCAUAGGACAUGACAUUAAAAGAGGUGAAUGUGUGCUGGCUAAAGGAACCCACAUGGGUCCAUCUGAGAUUGGUCUCUUAGCAACUGUUGGAGUAACUGAAGUAGAAGUUAACAAGUUCCCAGUGGUUGCAGUAAUGUCAACAGGGAAUGAGCUGCUGAAUCCUGAGGAUGACCUCUUGCCAGGAAAGAUUCGGGACAGUAACCGUUCAACUCUCCUAGCUACAAUCCAAGAGCACGGCUAUCCAACAAUCAACUUGGGAAUAGUGGGUGAUAACCCAGAUGAUUUACUGAAUGCACUGAAUGAGGGUAUCAGCCGUGCUGAUGUGAUCAUUACAUCAGGAGGUGUAUCCAUGGGGGAAAAGGACUAUCUUAAACAGGUGCUGGAUAUUGAUCUUCACGCACAGAUUCACUUUGGCAGAGUUUUUAUGAAACCUGGCCUGCCAACAACCUUUGCAACUCUGGAUAUUGACGGCGUAAGAAAAAUAAUCUUUGCGCUCCCAGGCAAUCCUGUGUCAGCUGUCGUCACCUGCAAUCUCUUUGUUGUUCCUGCACUGAGGAAAAUGCAGGGUAUCUUGGAUCCUCGGCCCACCAUCAUCAAAGCCAGGUUAUCAUGUGAUGUAAAAUUGGACCCACGCCCAGAAUAUCAUCGGUGCAUUCUGACUUGGCAUCACCAAGAACCACUACCUUGGGCACAGAGUACAGGGAAUCAGAUGAGCAGUCGUCUGAUGAGUAUGCGCAGUGCCAAUGGACUGUUGAUGCUACCUCCAAAGACAGAGCAGUAUGUGGAGCUUCACAAGGGGGAGGUGGUGGAUGUCAUGGUCAUCGGAAGGCUAUGAUGUCACCAGCAAGAGCGAAGCUUUGAUGCAUGUCCACAUAUCAUUGACUGUAUCCUGUAAUAUGCAACGGCACAGCUAGUUUUUCCGAUUUGGAUAAAAGUUGAUCAGUAUAGUCAACAUCUUGAAAUAUAUUUCAAAUGGAAUUUAAAUAAAUACCUUUUAAAAAAAAAAAAAAACAAACUUUAAAACAAAUCUUAACAAAGAAAUUUAUUCUGAUUAUAUCAAAGCAACUUUUUCCUUUUCUUGCAAUUGCUUUGUGUGUUCAAUGCUAGUUCUAAUAGCGGUAGCUUUUAGUAGACAGCAGUAGGUGCCUGCAGAACUUGUGUUUUUUCUCAUCUUUAAGAUACAACUACUUACGCUCUUAAAACAAGGCUGUCUGCUUAUUUAUACUAGCGUAGACAACACUUGGAUUUCCCUUAUUAGUAUGCUUCAUAACCGCUUCACAGAGAGCUUCUGCUUGUUCUUUAUCUUGUAUCUCGUGUUGAUGUGCACAGUGCCAAAAGCAGAGUGGCUGCACUGGGAACCCAAUGAAGCCCCGAGGUUUUCUCGCCUCGCCGCGCAUUCAGGGAUGUCUCUUGUCCCGGCAGCCACCCAGCUCAGUACUCUUGGGCAGUAACUGGAUACCUUUUAUUUCAACAAACAAAAAAAAUUGCUUCCUUAAGUGCUGACAGCCUUUUUAACCAAUACAUUUAAAAAUGUACAGAACUAAAAACUAAAAAAAAUCAAAGACUGAUCUUGUACAGAUAUUAGUGUUACCAGCAUUCGUGUGGAAAUUAAAUGAGCAAAGAAAUAAAACUAAUGUUAAACAACUCUGUACCAUAACAUUUUCUGUAAUGAUAUUGAAACUUAAAUGAAUAAAAAAAAUCCUCAAUCAUUAUUUAAAA